AAUUUCCCAGUUCCUACCAAUCUACUCGUUCAGAGAAACAGAGAGUAAAACAGCUUAAAGGUCUUGAAGUGUCCGGAGUGAUAUUACACUGAUAUCCUGGCGGUCAAGGAAGAGGGCGAGCCCGUAUCAGCUAUCGAGACAGAGCUAAGUCCAGCUAGCUGAACUUCAAUGGCUUAUCUGCUCAACACCUGUCCGCCGAUGGCAUUCUCUAAUAUCAAAUCUUACCCAGUCCUAACUCCGCACCUUUCAUCUCAAAUCUCUCGGUUUUCUUCAAGGAGGAGGCUUUUGGUAAGGGCAGCUGAGACUGAGAGUGAAGUUAAACUUAAUGUAUCAGAUAAGGCACCUCCUGCUAGUGAUUCCGGCAUUAAUCAAAUUCUUGGUAUCAAAGGUGCGAAGCAAGAAAAGGACAAAUGGAAGAUUCGUGUUCAGCUAACAAAGCCUGUUACCUGGCCUCCCCUUGUCUGGGGAGUGGUCUGUGGGGCUGCUGCUUCAGGGAAUUUCCACUGGACUCCUGACGAUGUAGCCAAAUCAGUUGUUUGCAUGCUAAUGUCUGGCCCUUUCCUUACGGGCUAUACACAGACACUUAAUGACUGGUAUGAUAGAGAAAUUGAUGCUAUUAAUGAGCCCUACCGUCCAAUUCCAUCUGGGGCAAUAUCUGAGAAUGAGGUUAUCACACAAAUAUGGGUGCUGCUUUUAGGAGGCCUUGGAUUGGCUGGUUUAUUGGACAUAUGGGCUGGACAUAACUUUCCAACUAUAUUUUAUCUUGCUCUUGGUGGAUCUGUGCUGUCUUAUAUAUACUCGGCUCCACCAUUGAAGCUCAAGCAAAACGGAUGGAUUGGAAACUUUGCUUUAGGGUCGAGCUACAUCAGUUUGCCCUGGUGGGCUGCUCAAGCUUUGUUUGGGACCCUUACACCUGACACAGUUGUUCUUACACUCUUGUAUAGCAUUGCGGGGCUGGGCAUUGCAAUCGUGAAUGACUUCAAGAGCAUUGAAGGAGAUAGGGCCAUGGGACUUCAGUCAAUUCCUGUAGCUUUUGGGUCUGAAGCUGCUAAAUGGAUUUGUGUUGGUGCCAUCGACAUAACACAAUUAUCUGUGGCAGGCUAUCUUCUUGAAAUUGAGAAGCCAUAUUAUGCAUUAGCCCUUCUUGGUCUAACAGUACCACAAAUAUUUUUCCAGUUCAAAUACUUGCUAAAAGAUCCUAUUAAAUACGAUGUAAAGUAUCAGGCGAGUGCACAACCAUUUCUUGUACUUGGUCUCUUAGUAACCGCAUUAGCAAAAAGUCAUUGAUCUUCAUGUAGAGAUGAGCUCCUUGGUCAACUUAAUGGUUUUGGUGCAGCAAAUUAGGGCUAGUUUUCUUCAUAGAUUUUUGUCGCUAUUGGUUAAGAUCUAAUUUCAUUCAUGCAGUUUACAUUUGUUGUGUAUAAAGUAGAAGUUGUAAAUGGAUGUAGCUUGUGAACUUAUGGGGCAUAUAUUAUAGUUUGAAGAUGUGGAUUUUGAAACAAAUGCACAAAUGCACAAUAUUCAGAGGGCAACGGUUAAUGAGCAUUAUUUCAGUUUAAA